UCCCUGCCGCCGCACCAGGUGGGCGACCUCCGUGGCACGGCCCCCCUUCACUUCCCCCACGUCUGCGCCCUCUGCGACAAGAAGAUCUUCGAUCUGAAGGAUUGGGAUCAGCACAUUAAGGGAAGUCUCCACAUCCAAAAAUGUAUGGCUUUUUCAGAUAACACUGGUAUCCGGUGUGUGUUAAGCUCAGCAGAUGGAACAUUGCAGUUAUCACCAAAUAAUGCAGCAGUUUUCAAUCCACCUAACAUCGAAGAUUAUCCACCAAAUGUCGGCGCAUCUUUUGUCAACACGUCAGCAAGACCCUUUGGCCAGCCAGGUCCCACGUUUUCUUCUCCUCCGCCAGGGUUUCCUCAGAGGAAAUCCACACUGGGUCGAGUUGUUCACAUCUGCAACCUCCCUGAGGGAAGCUGCACAGAGAAUGAUGUCAUUAACCUGGGUCUCCCUUUUGGGAAGGUCACCAACUAUAUCCUCAUGAAAUCCACUAAUCAGGCCUUUCUGGAAAUGGCUUACAGUGAAGCAGCACAAGCUAUGGUGCAGUACUACAAGGAAAAGCCUGCUAUGAUAAAUGAUGACAAGUUACUUAUUAGGAUGUCUAAAAGAUACAAGGAAUUGCAGCUGAAGAAACCAGGUAAGAACGUGGCUGCUAUCAUCCAGGACAUCCACUCACAGAGGGAGAGGGACCUGAUGCGUGAAGUGGACAGGUACGGCACGGAGAGGCCCCGCUCUCGCAGCCCCAUCAGCCGCUCCCUGUCGCCCCGAUCCCACACGCCCAGCUUCACGUCCUGCAGCUCACCCCACAGCCCGCUGGGCACCAGCAGGACCGACUGGGGAAAUGGGAGAGAGUCAUGGGAUCAGCCCCUGUAUUCUCGACGGGAAGAGGAAAGAGACAGCAGAGAAUGGCGAGAGAAUGGGGAUGAGAAGCGGGACAGGACUGACAUGUGGGUACACGAGAGGAAACACUAUUCCAGACAGCUGGACAAGUUUGAUUUGGAUGAACGGAUUGAAGGAGGCAGAGGGCACAGAGAAAAAUAUUUAAGGAGUGGUUCCCCUGGCUCCCUUCACCCUUUGUCUGGCUACAAGAGCAGGGAAGAUGACUAUUACCGAAAAACCUCUAAGUCAAAAUCUGACAAGUUUCAGAGACAGCUGCAGGAUUUACCUGGGAGAUCGAAGAGAAAGGAAGAGGCAAAGCUAAGGGAACGCAGACAUUCUUACACCGAGGACACUACCAGAGAUGAGGCAGCUGAACAGAGGCACAGCAAAGCAUCUGAGAGCUCCAGGCAAAAACAAAGUGAUAAAAAUAAGGUGAAGAAAGCUGAAAAAGACCAAGAGGAAGAUGCUGCUGCUGAAGACAGUAAUGUGAAGGAAACCAAACUACCUGAGGAUGAGUUUGGAAAAGAGGAGCAAGUUCCAGAGAAGAGCUCACCUUCCGCCAAUAAACAAGAAAAAGAAUCUGGAGAGAUUCUGGAAAACACAAGGAAAGAGAAGGACCGAGACUGGGAGAGUGGAAGUGAAAUAGAAGGUGAGACCUGGUAUCCUGCUAACAUGGAAGAAUUAGUGACAGUAGAUGAAGUGGGAGAAGAUGAUUUAAUUAUGGAGCCUGAUAUAACUGAGCUUGAAGAAAUAGUACCAGUUGAUCAAAAAAAUAAAACUGCUUCAGAAACAUGUUCCUGUGUGUCAUCCAUGUUAGAACUGAAAAAUGAUCACAGCCACUUAACCAGGAGUGAAGACAAGUUUGCCCAUAAAGCUUUAGAAACAAGCUUCAGAUCAGCAAAGGGCAAUGCAGCUUCUAGUGGCUGUCAGGAUGAUGAUGAUGAGGAUGAUAAUGAUGAUGCUGUAACUGAAGCAUCAAGCCUAAAUCUGGACCCUCAGCAGAAGCCAGAGGAAUUGCAAGAAGACCAAUCUGCUAAGGAGUCCGAUCCCCAGCAGAGGGAAGGAAAAGUUGAUAAGAGCUCUGACACUCCUUUAGAGCCUGAAGAUCACCGUAUACCUUCUGUUCAUCUGAAAGAAGAGACUCUGCAGCUCCCUGAUACAUUUAUAGAUGACUACAAACAGAUGGGAUCACAAGGAGCUGAGAGCAGAGAAGUUAUGGAAAUGCUUGUUAAAAAUGCUAGUGAAGAAACAAGACACGGAAGCCAAGAGUGCCCAGAGGCCAAGGCAAAUUCUAGGUAUGUGGAAGCAAGAUCUCCGGAAUACCCGGAGGUAGAGUCUAGAAGAAGACACUCUCCUCCAGGCUGGGAACAAGAGGACGUCUUCACGGAGCUCAGCAUUCCCCUGGGUGUGGAAUUUGUGGUGCCUAGAACUGGAUUUUACUGCAAGCUCUGUGGACUCUUCUACACAAAUGAAGAGACAGCAAAGAUAAAUCACUGCAGAAGUACUGUUCACUACAAAAACCUCCAGAAGUAUCUAUCCCAGCUUGCAGAAGAGAGCCUGAAAAUGAAGGAAGAAGGCAGCCAUCUGCCUCAGGAUGACACUGGCAUUGUUCCUCACUUUACAAAGAAAAAACUAUGA